AUGGCAGAUGUGGAUCCCGCAAAACCGCCCGUCGAGGCUCCGAAAGUAAUCCAAUCCGGGGAGCAAGCGCCACCAAACACGGCAUCUGACACUUACUAUCUCAUUCGUUACGAUUGCCCAAUUGGCCCAGUUCAGUCAGUUGUUGCUGAAUGGCGUGUUAUCAAUAAAAAUUCCCUUUUAACAGGAUCACGUAUCGGGGAAUAUAAAUAUGAAGGAAACAAUGUUGCGCGGCCUCGAGCGCCGGAUUUCCUUGCAAAUGAGCUUAAGACCUGUGCUCUAGGGUUACUUAUGAUACCAUUUUGUGCCACGACAGAGACAGAGUUACAGUUAAACAACAACUUCACGGUGGAACAUUGUAUAUUAUUGGUUGCCGUGUACUCGAAAACAUUUCCCACCACAGAAGUUAAAUGUCUGCCUGACUCCGCCGAGUUUUUGAAAAUUACCAUCAAUAUGGCAUCGAUUUUCAUAAAUAUAAUGGAGGGAGAUGGGCUGUCGUAUCACGGGCCGUGGAAGAGUGAUAUCCGAGAACUCGCCCUCAAGAUACAGAAUGAAUUGGGGAUGAGUCAUUACUUUAUGAAUAGUUGUAAUAAUGCCCUAGGGUAUACCGGUCAUGUAACUGUUGCGCGCUGUAUCCUGGUCUUCUCUCGUAGAGGCCUGAAGAUCUUGGCAUUUGCCCCAGUAGUAAAUCUUCGCCAAUCAGCACCAGCAGGUGAAACAAGGCCACGCAUGAUCGCUUGGAUCUUGGACAAGUGGAGACCACCUGCAGGCAUAUUCACCUAUCUUGGCCUGCCUGAGCUUGGUUGCCUUGAUGUACAUGGGCCCUGUUACCAUGCCUUAAUGUCAAGCCGCGGGAACCCAAUGGCAUCUGAUCCAGUGACACCGGCCCUUGAAGGAUUUCCAAAUGUCAAGGUGUUUGAUCAGCUCCUGGAGAGGAAUUGGGUGAAAAAUUCGUUCAUGCUCAGCAAUAACCAGACACCCAAGGGCAAAGAAUUGAUCUGCCGCGAAGGGAAACCCAUAGUAAUUCAAGAGAAGCUGUUUAAAGUUCUGACAAGAGCACAUCAGCAAUGUCAACACGGAGGCAGGGAUAAGACUACAGCACAAGCUAGAAUGACAUAUUCCGGAAUCCCUGCAGAACUAGUUGCACAAUACAUAAAAAUAUGCCCAACAUGCAGACCAAUAUUAUCUGAACCACCAGUACUGGCUUCUAAAGGAUUCCCAGAGGUUGUUGAGUUUGACAAGCGCAUGGCAAGUUAUAUCAAACAUUUGCCUGAUGAAUUUAAGGAUAAAGCUACAAUAUCCUGGGGCAUAGCUGGGAAGAUUGGAAAGACGCUCCUUGGUGACACUACAGAACCAGUCGAGUUUCAAGAUUGGUCCAAACAGAUGUUCACAUUAGGGCUGAUCAAUGGCAAGCGUUCCGUCUUCCGGGGAGGGAAACCCAUUGCAAUUCAAGAGAAGAUAUUUAAAAUUCUGACAAUUGCACAUUGGAAAUGUGGACAUGAAGACCAGAAAACAACUUCAGCAGAAGCUAACAAAUUGUAUUCUUGGAUUCCUGAGGAACUAAUUCACAACCCUAAGAACAUCUAUCAUCGCGACUUCCCUAAAUGGCUUCAAUGUCACAAGUCCGCAGACCCUCUGGCAAUGAAGUUCCAGGCAGGGUCCUACCACUGCAAACUCAUCAAUCCUUCUAGAGGCAAGCCUUGCAAUUCUGCCCUUUCCUGUCCUCGCCAUCUUAGAAGGCAUCUCAAUAUAGUCCACAACGCCCACAAGCAAAAGGCAAAGUGGGCUGGUUCUAUGCCUUCAGCCCCCGUUUACGCUAAGGGUCCCCUUUCCAGACAGAUGAGGAGUGACCGUGAAAGACCACACCGUUUUACGGACUCACAUCUUCAUAUACAAUCACCACGGACAUGGAAGCCGGGGAGAUCCGUAGAAACAGGCCUCACGCGGUGGGACCAAAGAAUAAAUACAGGCAAGGAGAAAAGGGAAGAUCGAGCGAGGGAAACAAAGUGGGAGGAGGGCUGGCUUUAUAUGCCUACAGACCUACGCUGCCGCUCCCCCACAAGACAAAUUGAGAGCAACCGCAAAGCCGGCUCGGGCCAGCUGGAGAGAUAG